CCGGAGUGAAGUCCUACGGACCUGUUCCAGAGCGUCGAGUUGUGUUUUACGAUGAUGACUGGCCCGAUCAUAAGAGAGAGUAAAUAAACUUAUUUACAGUUGGUGCUCAGAAGAGAUGUAGAAACGCGUUUGGCUGGUAUCAUGUCAAAUCUUUAAUGGUCCAUCAGUGAAGACUUAUACGGUGGAGACAAAAUGACCGUUACCAUCAACAAAAACCGCAUAAGGUCGGAGAUGCCGCCACCAGAAGUGAACGAAACAGAACCCAUGCCGAAAGAAGCCACAAAGGCUGGAAAGCUAGCGACUCUUGAUUCACCAACGGCAGGAUCGGACCCGGAGACCAUCACACUUCGUGAAAGAUUCCAGAUUUUCAUGAACGAGACAAGCUUCACAGCACUUACAAGAAUACAUAAAGCUAACUCCAUCAUAAAAAGAGUGAUCUGGUUUGUCGUGCUCCUUGCUAUGUUGGCCUGGCUUAGCAUCCAAUGUUUUUGGCUUCUUGAGAAAUACUUCAAAUACCCUGUCGAUGUGAAAAUCGAACUGGUGUCCGUUGCAAAGAUUGAAUUUCCAAGUGUAACCAUCUGUAAUAGGAAUCCCUUACGAAAAAGCAUUAUAAAAAAUUCCCCAUUUCGUACCAUGGAAGACGAUUUCCUGAAGGUUAAACAAGAUGACAGCCUAUACGACAAAGCGUAUGAUAUGAUGUUUAAGAAGGACAAAGAUCAGUGGAAUUCAUCCCAAUCCACGGAGCCCACGGUCACGCCUGGCCCAAAUCCAAACACUAACCCUUCGGGUCCAUCCCAAGGGUCGAGCGCUGGUACUACAGAAUCAUCGUCAUCUGCUACCACAGAAUCUAUAAUAAGUCAAAUGAAAGAAAAGAAUUUCAAUGUGUGGGACGCCUUGUCAGACCAUGAAACGGCUGAUUACUUUUAUAAUAAAAAGAGCUCGGAUAUCAUGAACACCUUGGCCUAUUCCGGGUUUGCCGCCUACAUAGACGAGAGCGAACUGGAGCAGUACGGACAUACCAUUGAGGAUCUGUUGAUGUCCUGUACGUUUGAGGGAUAUCCAUGUUCAACAAAGAAUUUUACGUACUUGCACAAUUCAAAGUACGGCAAUUGUUAUACAUUUAACCACCACAAGAACAACCUAUCGGCGAUCACCAGCUCCUACGCGGGCCCCCUCAUGGGCCUGGUAAUGGAAUUUAACAUAGAACAAGGCGAGUACGUGGAGUCCCUGGCACCAGAAGCUGGUGUUCGAGUCCUCGUCCAUGAACGGGGCACAUUCCCGAUUCCGGAUGAUGACGGGUUCUACAUCGCUCCGGGAUUCGUUUCUUCUGUCGGUAUACAAGAGAUUCAGAUCACCCGUCUGCCUCCACCACACGCCAGCUGUGCGGAUCAUGGCGUGAAGACGAACUACUAUCAGGAGAAGUUUGACACAAUUUACACCAAGCAGCCAUGCCUCAAAUCGUGCUACCAGGAUACCAUCAUAGCCCGAUGUGACUGUGCAGUGCCGUACUACAUGAUUCCUGCUGGAGCCAGCGUCUGUGACGUAUCCAACCACAGCAUUGCUAAUUGCCUUGACUCUUCAAUAGAUAACAUGGUAGUGUGUGAUACUAUGUGCCCGGAUCCAUGCAAUGAGAGGAAGUAUCAGCCCUUCGUGUCCAUGGCUUCUUGGCCUUCAGAUGCAUUCUCGAAAAGCCUUGAAAAACGACUCAUGCGAUCCUCUACCGACUUCAUGGAAGAUGAUCAUCUCGAAAGCAAGUCCAAGAAUCUGGCGAAGAUUGAAAUCUUCUUCAAAGAGAUGAUCUACGAAAAAAUCGAACAACAAAAAGGUUACGAGUCCCAGAACUUGAUUUCUGACAUUGGAGGACAGCUAGGCCUGUGGCUUGGACUAUCAGCCAUAACUAUUGGAGAACUGGUCGAGUUCUUUGCCGCCAUCUUCAAAGCUGUCACUGCGAGGGCGGUCCGUCGAAAGGACAGGGAACCGGCAAAGGUGUUCCGAAACAUUGCCACUCAUGUUGCGAGACGGUCACGUGAUGUCUCUGACAACACGCGUGUCGAAUCACUUACAGGGUGAUACUGUACCAGUUGUGUUGACAAUGUUACAAAACAGUUAAGCCGAGAUUUCAUGUACAUAUACCAACUGUGUAAAUAAUUUUUAUAUUAUGAAUAUUUGACAACUUAUCCCAUUAUUCCUCACUCAUUUCAUAUAACAUAUAAUGCUUAUUUUCUAUGUAUUAUUACAAAUGGCCCAAUUCUUACUCCUGUACAUUUUUUAUAACCAAACAUUCAUAUACCACCUAACCUCCCAUAUAACGCACUCCUAUACAACAUAAAAUCCUUUACAAUACACAAUAUCAUAGAUCACGUUGUCUUGUAUAAAACAUAGGUCUUAAUACAUACAACACGUUCUGCACAUAAAACACAUAUAACACAUACCACACAUACCACACAUUUCACAUAACACAAGUCAUUUCAAACAUUUAACACAAAUAGUUCAUUAUGUAUAUAUCCAACAAAUUACAAAUAGUGUAGCUUGUGUAAACGUUUGUAAUUGUUCGAUUGGUUAAAUGCUUCUCAUUUUCUUAAAUAUCAACGGUAUCACAUCCUUCCACAUAAAGUUGGUACUUUUAUUUUCGUUUACAUUUGGAUCUGUUCAGAAAUAAGACGAAAAAGAACAUUUUGAAAUUCAGCAAAAUCGAAAAUAUCAUUAGAAAAUAUUAUGAUGACUUUUUCCGUCCACUCCUAAAUAUCGGACAAAAAGGAGGAUGUUCAGUCCCAUAUAUGUUAUGUCAAUAUUUUAUUGUUAAUAUUGUAUACAUGUACAUACUGAACGAUCUUAAUGUUAUUUUAAAUACAUUUGGAAAUAAAUAAUUUGGUACCUUGAAAUCAAUUGGUGUAUUAUUUUUAUAAUAAGGUGACACUUUGAAAAGAAUCACCCAAUAUUUGAAAAUGGUGUAAAGUUUGUUACUGAAUUUGACUGCAUCUACUAUUGAAAAAAACCCACAUUUAUAUUGAAACAUGUGUCUCAAUCGACACAAGAUAACAUGCAACCAUGAUAAAACAUAUUGUAUUAUCUUUAUUUGUUUAUAUAAUAUGGUUAUUUUGUCGUGCUGAAAAAACGGAUAUUGAUCGAAAGCAAAAUACAGCUAUAGAUUUACUAUUUUUUUAAUAAAUUAUUUUAUUAGUAUUUGAUGAAGGCCAUUAAGAUGUUAAUGUUCUAGUUUGGGGAACGAAUAGACCUACUGUAUCUCACUGCAUGAUCGUAUGAGGUGACUAAUGUGGUGUGCUGUGGAAAACUAGUGGUUUUAUUCGAUGUCUUCUGCUAAGGGUACAUUGGAGAAACCAAAACAGUUACGUUGUCCCAACUUACACAAGGACCUCUAUAUCUUAUUUAUUUUUUUGUCUUU